ACUAGGCGAAGGGGUCGCUUCUCUCCUUCCGCUCGCCGAUGGAGCGGCAUGGUUUGGCGCUUCGCGCUGUUCACGGCGCUGGCGAGCUGCCAGUGCACCUUGCGCCUUGCGCCGUCCACCUUGCCCAAUGCAGGCCGCGGGGUCUUCGCGGGGCGUGCGGCGCCCGCGGGCGCCGUCCUGGCGCGCGCCGUGGUUUUGCCCAGCCGCAGGGCGGAGCUGUCGCAGCUGUCUGCAUAUGUGUUCGCAGGUGUCGGAGAGGCUCCCAGCCAACUCCUGCUGGGCGCGGUGUCGCUGGUGAACCAUGGGGCGCCCGAGCAGGUGAACUGCGAGCUGCGCAUUCAUCAAGGCUUCGGCGAGCUGCGCAGCCGCCGAGACCUUGCAGCAGGCGAGGAGCUGUUCAUCUCCUACGGCGCCAGCGAGUGGUUCACAGAUCGCGGCUUGGCGCUGGAAGACGCGGAAUCGCCGCGGCCGGAAGACGCAGGCGUGUGCCUGAGCCACCUCGCGGGCUCGCCGGGGUCGAUGUCGCUGACCGCGGGCUUCCGCAUCGCCGCGAAGGAGCAGAUUACCACGCCGGCCUUCCUGAUAGCUGCCGAUGUUGCGGACGCAGCGCUUUUGCCAUUCGCCUUGCCAGUCGGCGAGGCGCUGCUCUUGCCAAGCUGGCCGGGGCGGCUGGAGCAAGCGGAGGGAGAGGCCAAUGUGCACCUAGAAAUCCGACUGGAUGGAGGCCCUCUCACUGGCCAAGUUGAGGCGCAGAGCCUUAUCGACUCGCCGACGAUGCGACUGGACGUAGUCAUGACAGCCACCCGGGAGAUCGAGGAGGGUGAGAAGCUCGUUGCACAAAGAUGCGACGAAGGCUGUCUCUUCCCGGCAGCGUGGGCGCGCAACAUCUCUGCCGCCAGGCUGAGGGCGGCGGAAGGCGGUGAGGCGUGGGCGCAGUUCCAAUUGGCUCAGCGCUGGCGCCAAGGAGUGCCCGAUGCCAGCGCAGCCAACACCUCUCAGGCCUUGGCCUGGUACCGGCGCGCGGCGGAGCAGCGCCACGCGCCAGCCAUGCUGCAGCUGGGGGCCUUGCUGCAUGACGGCAGCAGCCACGCCGACCCGGACCCAGCAGCUGCGGUCGCCUGGUACCGCCGCGCUGCGGAGCUGGGGAGCGCUACAGGGCAGUUCCUCCUGGGCUUGGCCUACAGCAACGGCGAUGGCGUGGUCAGGAACAUCUCCGAAGCCAGCAUUUGGCUAAGCCGCGCGGCUGCCCAGGGCAGCUCCAACUUCGCGAAGGCGUCCAAGGCCAUGUACAACUUGGCCAUCGCCUACCGCGAGGGCUUGGGCAUCGCCCAGGAUGCCGAGCAGUCCUUCCAGUGGUGCAAGAAAGCGGCCCAGGGCGACCACCCCAAGGCGAUGUUCAACUUGGCUGUCGCCUACGGUCGUGGGGAUGGCACGCCCGCAGACGCAGCGGAAGCGGCGCGAUGGUACCGGGAAGCGGCAAGCCGAGGACAUGUGAUGGCGCAGUACAAUUUGGGCUAUGCUUACUUCGUUGGCGCCGGCGUGCCUCAGAAUGAGUCCGCCUCCGCCGAGUGGUUCGUGCGUGCGGCCGAAGGGGGCAGUAGCAACGGCCAGUUCAUGAUGGGCGUGCUGUGCAGCCAGGGCCGCGGGCUGUCACAGGACCUCACAGGGGCAGCGGCGUGGUUUGCCAAAGCUGCAGAGCAAGGGCACAGUCAGGCGCAGUUCAACCUCGCAGCCGCCUUGGAAUCAGGGGCGGGGAUCAGACGCAACCUAUCUGCUGCUGACCACUGGUAUGAGCAGGCCGAGGGUUUUGGUGGGCACCAUUGGGCGCGAGGCCGCCGCCCGCGGAGCGAAGAGAAGUUGGUGGCAGCGACUGCGCCGCUUCUUCCAUGCGGAGCUAUGACAGCAGCUAUGAGAGAUGCUGAAAGAAGAUCGCGGAGCGCAGAGCGCAACCCACCUCAAGCGGGAAUCGCUUGGCGUGUGAGAUAGGGGACCCCUAAGUUGGGUCAGCCUUUUGGUAAUCCGCUCUUGGCAUGCCGGCGGGUUGCUGAUGAAGGCGGAGUUGACGAGCCG